AUGGCUGCCCCACCGCAUGAUGGCCCAUACCCGGUGCCGUACACCACCAAGAUGACGUCGCCUUACCAGGAAGGCCAAACCAUCCAGCUGCGCGGAAAAAUCAACCCCGAUGCGAAGAGCGUUGAGUUCAACUUGCUCCGCGGCCAUUCUGAUCUGCCGGCUGCCGAGGCGAUCCUUCACCUGAAAUUCAAGUUUGAUGAUGGAAAGAUCGUGCUCAACAGCUACCAGGGUGGUACCUGGGGUAAAGAAGAAAAGGAGUCACUACAUCUGAAGGCUGGUGAUGACUAUGAUUUGCGAGUCCGCGCGCUGGCUGAUCACUUCGAAGUUCGUCUCAACGGCGUGAAAGUUCACGACUAUAAGCACCGCGUCCCGUUCACGAUGUCGGAGUACUUCCAGGUGAAAGGUGAUUGCACGUUGACCCAUGUGAACUGGGGUGGACGUGUCUAUACCCUGCCAUGGGAGACUGGUUUCGCCAACCAGGCUAGCAUGCCUGCUGGACAAAAAAUCAAUUUGUAUGCCGUGCCGAAGGGAGACCGCUGGAACCUGGAUUUCAUCGCCCGCAACGGCGAUAUUCUUUUCCACUGGAACCCGAGGUUCAACGAAAAAGCCAUUGUGCGCAACUCGCAGAAGGCUGGAACUUGGGGAAAUGAGGAGCGCGAGGGACCAUUCCCCUUCAAGAAGGAGCACGGCAAUGAGAUUACGAUCAUCAAUGAGCCGUAUUCGAUCCAGGUGAUCGUCGACGGUCAUCAGAUCGGCACCUUCCAACAUCGUACUGCAGACCCUGCUCAGGAUUACAUCGGGUUCCGCAUUGACGGCGAGGUUGACAUCGUCAACAUCGACUACCGCCACCCACAA